AUGGCACAAGGCUCACAGGCUUCUAUUGUUAAGAUCGCCGGCGCGGGAUUUCGGCUCUCACUGCUCCUCAAUGCUGCCGCCUGUCAACUCGCUCAGUCGAGGCUGGAAAUUCAUAGCAUCGCCAAGGGGAUCUCUCUUUUUGCUCUAGCACUCAAACAUGUUGGGCAGACUAUUGAGGGUACCGAUGUGGACCAGUCUCCAGAGGCAACAGAGACGGCCUGGGAGAUCGCCGGGCAAGGCCAGAUGAUCUUUAUUGAACUCGAACACAUGCUAGAUAAGCUGAAGGCAACCGAUAGAGACAGUGACCUUAUAAAGAUCCCAUUGCAGGAGAGACUCAAAUGGUGUUUCCGGAAGCAACAUGUCACUUAUUUACUAGCCCAGUUGGAAUCUCUCAAGCUCAGCCUGAUUGUGAUGGUACAGACUCUGCAGCUUGGAAAAGUCAUCAAAUCCAACAUUGGCGAGGGGUUUGAUACUGAUUCCCUUACAUCCUCCGCCGAUGAUGCGAUUGCCCAAGAGAAAGCGGAAUCUCAGAACAUGAUCAUCGUCCGAUAUUGGUCUGUCAAGCGCCUCGAUCGUUUGUGGGAUCUUGUGGAACAGGAGACUUUGGAUGCCGCCAAGGACCCGACAAAUCAGAGAAUUAGUUCGAAUUACUCGUCCAAUAUGGCAUCGAAGCCCUUGGCUACGGCAACCAGAGGCUCGGAUCCGACAAGACUGUCCAUUAUUACUCUUGGAGACAGUGACGUGGGUCUGAGUGAUAUGGAAAGAUCCCCGAAGGAUAUGGUGCAACUAUCCGAGAGCACAUUGAACGGGCUGCUUUCACUCUGGGUGCCUUUGAUUGACCCUUCGAAAUUACACCACGCAAGCAAACGUUCCAACGCAUCCAACAAGCUAGUCCAGCCUCGAGUAUACGUCUCUUCAGACACCGAAGAAGACGAUACCGAAGAGCUAGACUUUGAUGGUCACGAAAUCCGAGGUUACUACCUCGAAGGAUCAACAGUGGACUGGAGAGACCCUCAUUCCCAAGAGGCCCGACAGCAUGCAGCAGAGCUACGGCGAAAGUACUCCAGCUACCAGGCUCACGUUGAAAGCGAACCAGAGCCAGAUGAAUUCAAGCAUCGAGAUAAGCCUCGCAGCGACCCAAGGGUCAUCGACUCAAGUGAUGAUGAGGACGAGCAAAGAGCUGACACCCAUCGGCCCUCACACAGCACCAACCCCGUGCAAGGUCACCGUUUCCACUCCAACAGCCUCUCAUCCAGGUAUCCUCCGGGUCACACCAAUCCCGACAGUAGGUCCAACACAUACCCAAGCGGCAGCUUCCCCACCCCUAGCCAUACCAUACCCCGUCCUCCACCACUACCUUCACACACACUACCGGGUCCUCCCCAGCAGCCAUACAAAUACCACCCAAACCAAGACUACGCCACAGCCCCCCGAUCCAUCCCAAUGAACAUGAACCAACCCAACAACCCAGCCAUCACCAUUCCCAACACCAACUCCUCUCCCAGAGGCCUAUCGCCAAACCAAGUCCACUUCGAGGAUCCCCGAGCCCGAAAUCAGGCAUACAACAACAUUAUCCCUAAUAGCAACAAAACCCAACCCCGCUACCAUCCAUCCGCAUACCCACUUUCUUCCUCAUCCCCUGAGUCUAGCUUCCGAGCCUCGCCGACUCGCUCGGAUCAACAAUCUCCAUCGGUGCACCCACGCCGGUCCUCGCACAAAGAUGCCAAGGAUCGGCAUAAGGCUUUGACUCGUAAUGCUACAAGGGGAUUGGCGGGAAUCGGGGCUAUUGCCGGGUUCAUGGAUGCGCUAGAGGCAUUUUCAAUUUUAUGA